UCUCCCUCCUUCUUCUUCUCUCUCUAAAGCUCUCUCUCUCUCUCUCUUCUUAGUGUUUACUUUCUUCUCUCUGUAUAAGCAAACUCUAUUCGCAAUCAAAACCCCUGGAAGCUCAAAGCUUUCUAUCUCUUUCUCUUUCUAGUUCUGACACACGAGGGAUUCGGUACGCUGCAUAAUAAUCGGUACUGUGAUGAAGAGGUUCUUCUUCAAUCUUCCGAGCUCUCACCGACACCAUCACCUUCAUCAGAACCCUAAUCGUGACAAUUCCUCCGUCUCCGCGAGCACUAGUACUAGCGGAGCCACGAAUCCUUCGUAUUCAUCGGAGCUCCGCGAAUCCGCAUCGGGGAGGACUGAGGAGGAAGUGAGCAGUUACGAAUCAGCGAAUGGUGGAGAGGUGGAGGUGGAGGAGGAGGAGGAGGAGGGAGGUGAAGAAAUAUCGCCGUUUCGCGGCGAGUCAACGGAGUGGAUAACGACGUCGGCUUCUGGUCAGAGGAAUGCGGAUGGUGAGGAUUUAGCCUCAGCCUCCUUGUCGAUGAGCGCGGUUGCUAGGGAGAACAAGGAGGCGGGAACUGCGAGGAUGGAUAGACCGCCUAGUGACGAUUGCUGCCCUAUAUGCUUCAGCAAUUUCGUCGUCCCCUGUCGUGGCCCCUGCGGUCAUUGGUAUUGCGGAGGCUGCAUUUUGCAGUAUUGGAACUAUAGUGCAGCCCUUCAGCCUUGCAACUGUCCUAUGUGUUCGAAGAAGAUAACUAAGUUGACACCUGAGGCAUCAUUGUAUCACUCUCGGGAAGUUGAAGUUACUGAGGUUCUGGGAAGUAUUCGAAAAUAUAAUCGGCUUUUUGUUGGGGGCACAUAUGGCUUCAUGCUAAAAGUGUUUUGUUUGCCAUUAUACGCCAAGAGAUUAUUUUGUGAAAUGAUGAAUCCUGAUAGACCUGGUGCUCAUCUAAACAAAUUGCGAAUUUGUGCAAUGUUUCUGGGUCUCCUUUAUACGUUCUGCCCCUUCGAUUUUCUUCGAAUAGGCCGUCAAAAUGUCAUAGAUGUGUUUGAUUACUCCGCCAUUGCACUUUCAUUCGUCUUGUAUCUGGCUGGACUCUAUCUCCGAAGAAGGCGUUUCCAGAAUGUCAGGGAGAUGGCAGCCAUUGACCCAUGAUACUGUCCAGGCAUAGCUUGUAGCUUGAAAUGGUACAAAAUGACAGCAGUACAACAUGCAUGUGUAUAGUCUUUCAUUGUUUCUCCCACUUUUGGGUUUUCUGGUUAUCUCAGUCUGUCUUCUAAACCUUUGAUUAUCAGUUUUACCCCAUAUGUAUGUAUCUUCUUUAAACAAAAACAACAAUUCUCAUUACAGAUGUAUAAAGCAAAUUAAUUACAGAAGGUUUGUACAUUUUGGAA